AUGUCGCCAGCGCCAACGGUGCUCUACCCGCUCACCCUCCCGGGCUUGCUUCAUUACGUUGUUACUACCCAAUCCGACACAUGUCCAACGCUGCUGAUCAUAUGCUCGAGUCGAGACAUCUUCAUUGAGGACCUUGCAAGCUCACUGCAGAAUCACGGCGAUCAUGACACAGAUGGUCUAGAGCAGCUGGUCGCGCCCACUCUUCACAACUUACUCACGACACGGCAUGUCAAACUUGCCUUCUGCGCGUCUGUGCAAGCCUUGUUAGCCUACUUGACUGCAUAUGGUCGGUCUGGAACUAAUCUCCUCGGUGAAGCCGAAGAAAAGGAAAGCAUCGUGUUGGUGAAUCCACUCGCUUUACAUGCGCCAACGUCAUCCUUCUCAGCUCAAGGCCUAUCCAGAUGCUUUGCUGCAGCGGCCGAGGUUACGCUCAAACCUGGUGUAACGCUUCAUAUUGCCGAGUGUGAGGGAAAGCGCGAGCGUCCGGAAGAACACGAUGAUGAGGAUACAGAGAUGGAAAAUGAUCACGAAGAGCUCUCCGCUGAAACGCAGACCCAAGAUCCGUGGGAACAGGAAGUCUCCAUCUUGAAUGUGUCAGCCCGGAGAUUCGGAUCUGGCAGCGGCGAGCGAGCUUGGGCAGGUCGCACCGUCAAGGUGAAGAGGAUAGCAGCAAGGUGGUUUCGCUUCCACAAUCUCGAAACCCGGCAAACACACGCAGACCAAGAAUGA